AUGUCAGAAGAAACCCCAUGUUUCCCUGAGUUCAAUCUCCCUCAAGAAGUCUUUGCAAAAGACUUUGGAAGUGAUUGGUAUGUCGAAUCUGAAGAAGAAAGGAUUCUCAAUAGCUUUAAGAGCCAAGAAUAUGAUUCCACUCUUUACCAUCUACUUAUAAAAGAGCCCCUGGCCAAGCACUCCAAUGAAGAUACAUCCUCUGGAGCCACUCCAUAUAAUUCAUGGAUGAUAAAUUGAGGGUUUGACAUAACCAACGAGAAAGAUUUUCCAUACCUCGAAAAUUUGCAUGAUCCGAAACUGGAUGAACCUUUGCACAAUGGCGAUGAUUCAAUUUCAGAAUUUAUUGUAAAUAUUCCAGAAAGCCUUGGGGAUGAACAAGUAGGCUUGCCCUUCUCUGAAAUGAAAGAUAUAACAGAUUUGACGGUAAAAGAACAGAAACACUCAGAAUUAUAUGGAGGCGCAAAGAAUACUAAUUCCAGGAACAAGUCCUAUAUUGCCGAAUAUGCUAGCAGAAGAGAUGUCGUUUACAAAGGAAUAAUCAGAGGCACAAAGGAAGUCCUCCAAGCUGACUUUUACUCAGCCACCAAGGAAAUCACCUUCAGCAGAAAAAGACAUGGAUGUCAUAUUUUUAAAAAGAAAGUUAAGGAUUUUUAUGAAAACUCAGAGUUUAAGAAAACGGUGGAUGAACUUUACCCUAAUGAUGCUGAAACAGAAGAACGUUUCAUAGAAGCAUUAGCAAUAUUUCUUGAAAUGCCUUGGUAUUACCCAGACAAGAGAAAGGAGUUCAGACAAGCCUCAACUCAGUUGAGAAAAUGAUGUUCAAAAUAUACAAAUAGCUUAUAUAAAAAGUUGUUCAAGUUCGAUGGACUUCAACUCUUUUACAAAAUUCUGCUCAAAUCGGGCUAUAUCCACUCUCUAAUAAGAGAAAGGAAAAAUAUGAUGAAACUUGAAGAGAGAUAUAUCGAAGGAGUCGUUUCGAUCAUCGAUUUCAAUAAAUCUGGAAGAAUGAUGGAAUAAACCACAAUUGAGAUUUAUGGAAAUCCUCAUCCUAAAAUUUAGUCAAGUCUUAAAUAUAUUAAUU